AUGAACAGGCGAAAACAAACAGACGAGCGAGAUGACAAUAGCUGUUCAAGACUGUUCAGUAAUAUCAUCAGCGGCUUCAGGGGCUUCAUAUCAAGACCGCUAACAGACGGUGCCCCAGAAGACCCCACCAUCCAUAUCGACACUUCAAGGACAGGCCAAGACGGUUAUACAUUUGAAGCUGAAAAUAAUAAAGGUCCAGAAAUAGCCAAGGUGGAUAAAGAAUUUGAAAACAAACAAAUUGCUAUUAACACAGAUCGGGAGAGAAGAUUGGCGGCGAUGAGGAAGAGAUUAGCGAGAGAAGUAGACGCCAAGUGUUCGAACAAUAAUACAGAAGACAACAAUCACGAGGUACUUCCUAAAAAGCUCUAUCUGUGCAUGGAAACAAAGUAUGUCGGACUGUGUAUAAUUAUAAACAACAAUACAAAGUAUUCACGUGCAGCAGGAUAUCUUCAUGAGUUCUUCUCUGCCGAAGGUUACGAAGUGAAGUUUCACCAAUAUUUGAAAAAGAAAGAAAUAGAGUCGAUUUUCGAUUCCGCGAAGUCGAAGAAUUUCAAUGAUCAUGGAUGUUUUGUUUGUUUUGUUCUUUCUACAGGGAACCAUAGACUCAUUAAAACUGCAGACAACUCGUCUAUUUCAAUGGAUAAAAUAGUGGGAUACUUCCAUCCCAAAAACUCUCCUACUCUUGACGGAAAACCAAAAGUAUUUUUCUUCCAGAACGGAAUAGAUAUCGUGAACGCUAGGAAUUUGUGGAAUGAUGACGAGCGUACACCAUUCCCAACUUAUGUCGAUGCAGUUGUCGUGCGAUCAACUCUGAGAGAUUUUAUCGACAGAUUCAUCACAAUAUUAGCCGCGCAUCCACGAGAAUCGCUCUCUACCAUCAUGACCUUGCUACAAUCCGAAACCCUUUUGUCAUUCACCUGUAAUGAGCAAUACCAAGUUAUACGGGAUAUGACAAAAGAGGUUUACUUCACUAUAGAAAAAUCUACGGCUGGGACUUCGAACCCUCAAACAACGGCUCAUAUUCACGCACCUACGGAAAAGAAAUUGAACGCUAUGAUGAAAGGACCCUCGAGUGAUAAUUCGAAUACAACGCCAGAUGUUGACGCGCAUAUGCAAGAAGAAGGAUCGAGUGAUAGGACGAAACCGAAGGAAG